CGACCGCGAACGAGGCAUGUCAUACGACGAUGCACUCGUCUGCCCACCACACACAACGGAGCGCAAGCUGGUGUCGAAGAUUGAUUUUCACGUCGUACCAUUCUUGUGUAUCCUUUACUUGCUCGCCUUCUUGGACAGAGUCAACAUCGCGAACGCCAAUGUCGCAGGCAUGUCCGAGGACCUCCAUCUCGAAGGUGACGAAUACAACACCGCCCUCGUCAUCUUCUUCGUACCGUAUAUUCUUUUCGAGAUCCCCAGCAAUAUUCUGCUCAAGAAGUUUAAGCCACAUGUCUGGCUCUCGGGCUGCAUGUUCCUGUUCGGCCUCACUACAACAUUGCAAGGAGUGGUACAAAAUUAUUCUGGCUUGCUCGCUACACGUUUCUUCCUGGGACUUUUCGAGGCUGGCAUGUUUCCCGGAUGCUUCUACCUCUUGGGCACUUGGUACCUGAGAACGGAAGCACAGAGAAGAUACAGCUUCUUCUUCUCGAGCACUACUCUUGCUGGUGCAUUCGCUGGUCUGCUUGCUGCAGCCAUUGGAAAGAUGGACGGAAUUGCUGGAUACCAAGGAUGGAGAUGGAUUUUCAUCCUCGAAGGCAUCCUCACCUGUGUCGUCAGCGCAGCAUUCUUCUUCGUUCUUCCCGACUUUCCCGAAGACAGUAACUGGCUUACCCCGGAGGAGAAGCACUUCGUCACAAACCGUCUCCGCAGCGAACAAGGUGCCUCGGCCGUGGAACGCAAAAUGGGCGCUAAAGAUGUCGCCAAUGUCUUCAAGGACUACAAAAUCUGGCUCGGAGGCUUUAUGUACUUCGGGCUGAUUGUGCCUGCGUAUUCGUACGCGUACUUCUCGCCGUCUAUUGUCAACGGCUAUGGCUAUAGCAAGAUCCAGACACAGUUGCACAGUGUACCCCCAUGGGCGGCCGCUUUCGCCUUUGCCAUGAUUUUGGCCUGGAUUUCCGACAAGACACGCCAUCGCCUGGGUUAUGCAAUCUUCGCUAUCUGUGUAGCCAUCACUGGAUUCGCCAUCUUGCUCUCUGUACAUGACAACAGGCCUCUUGAAUACGCAGCCCUCUUCCUUGUGGCCAUGGGUUGUUAUUCCGCCAUGCCGAUUAUAGUGUGCUGCUUCAACAUGAACCUGGGAGGACAUCACCGCAGAAGUGUCGGAUCAGCAUGGCAAGUGGCAUUCGGCAACAUUGGUGGCAUCAUCGCCGUCUUCUCCUUCCUCAAAAAAGACGCCCCCUUGUACAAACCCGGCUACAGCAUCUGCAUCGCCUUCACCUGCUUGAGCAUCGUAAGCUGCAUCGCCUACUACUUCGCCUGCAUAUCCCAAAACCGCCAACGAGACAAAACCGCCACCGACGUCGGUCUCACCGAAUACGAAAAAACGGAAAUGGGAGAUUUGAAUCCGGAAUAUAGAUAUCUUGUUUAGAUAUAACAAUCAUGAAGAUCAUGUUGAGAGCAAGUGGAGAGGGGGGAAAAAAAAGCAUGGGGAAGUUUUUUUUUGGGGGCUUUUUUAUGUGUUUAUGACUAAUUCUUCUGUAUUAUAAUGCACCUUUUUUGUGAGAUUGUUGGCUUGCUGUUGC